AUGCUGGCUACAAAGUAUCUUUUCCUGAUUGCCGCCUUCUUGUACUGCCUGGGUGGCGCUCUAGCUGUGACCUGUGAUGAGGAUCCCACGGAUACGGCCUGUAUUGACUGCACCACCGAUCCCGACAACGCAGAAUGUGCCACCACGACAACGACAACGACAACGACCACAACAACGACAACCACCACAGUGGCACCUGCGACGACGGCUGCCCCAACAGCCGCCCCACAAACCACCAAGAAAACGGGAAACGUGAAGAAAGUCACCAUUAAGAAUCUUAAAUACAAAGUCACGCGGAAGAUCAAGGUCACCAAUAAGUCUGGUUGA